AUACUUAUUCGGCGCAGUUUCGGCUUAUAAUCCAGUUCGGUUCACGAUCGUGCUGUGUCUGCUUCUGCUCAGCUGAAAUCCGGAAGGAGCGAAGAGAGAGAGAGAGAUGGGGGAGGAGAGAGAAGACCCGCAGAGGCUGAAGAGGAUAGCGGCGGCGGCGUACGACUACGACAACGACCCCCGAUGGGCCGAUUACUGGUCCAACGUCCUCAUCCCACCUCACUUGGCCUCCCGUUCCGAAGUCGUCGACCAUUACAAGCGCAAAUUCUACCAGCGCUACAUCGAUCCUGAUCUUGUUGUGGAGGCAAUGUCUUCGGGCAGUUCUUCUCAAGCAGGUAGACAAUCUGCUCCAUCCUCUUCUUCGUCUACGACAACUAGUGAACCAGCUCGAUCACGCAGUUCGGGAUCAACUGCCCGAAGCUCAGGUUCAUCAGCUACUAGUCCGUCUUCUCUGGCCAUGGAUCGACAGACCAUACAGUUUUCUAUCAAUGCUUGGGUACUUGUUGUGGCUGUGCUUGCAAUAUUUCCUCUAGUCCCCAAAAGCCUGUCUAACAGAGCAUAUCGUCUUUCCUUCAUGGGCACUGUUGUCUCCUCCCUGAUUUCUGUGUAUUCGUUAUAUGGGAAACCCAGAGCAUGGAAUAUGCAGGCCUUGCAAGUCUACUUUCAGUCUGUGGUUGUGGCCAAGGAUUUCAUCAGCUUUAUCUAUGGCCUCACAUUUCUCACGGCACCUGUCAACCUUAGAUUUGCCUUAAUUCCUGUUUUGUGCCGAACGGUCGAGCACGUGGCGAAGUUUCUUAGGCGUAAUUUCACUCGUUCCUUGCUUUAUAGGAAGUACUUGGAGGAACCAUGUGUAUGGGUGGAGUCAAACAUUACGACACUUAGCAUACUCUCCUCUCAUGCUGAGAUCGGACUUGGCUUCCUCAUACUCAUAUCGUUGUUCUCGUGGCAGCGGAACAUAAUGGUCAUUUUCAUGUACUGGCAGCAAUUGAAGCUCAUGUACCAUGCCCCUGCCACUGGAGGUUACCACCAAAGUGUGUGGGCCACGAUUGGGCGAACUGUCUAUCCUCUGAUCCACCGUUACGCACCAUUCCUCAACACUCCUCUCUCAGUGGCUCAGAGAUGGUGGUUCAGAUGAUUUCACCGGCGAAAAUGCCUCACAUGACUACGGGUUGGUUUGAGUUACUCUUUGAGGGAUGUAGCUCUUCCUGGUAUCUAAACACGACAACGCAUGUCAUAAUCUGUCAUCGCCUCGGUGCUAAUAAUUACGCGAAGCUUCGUAAACUGUUUUCAGCUUCCAUUUUUCUUAGGAUCCAUGGCAUCUAAUGGUUUGUAUUCAUAUUGCACUGGGUAAGGACAGUGCGUUCUCUGAACUGAUCUCACUUUACAGUAAAGCUACAUGACCAAACCGUGAUGUGAGGAAGAAAUUGCAGAUCCGAACGGUCAUUUGUUUUUGUUGAUUUUGAGACAUAUGCUUGAUAUAUGCUAGUACACAUUCACUUGAC